AUGCGCAGCGACUACGAUGAAGACUUCAUGGAUACCUAUUCGCUUUCCUCCAGUAUCCUAGACUAUCAGUAUGAGAAUGGGCGGCGAUACGCAAGCUUUCGCUCGACACAUCACAUCUACCUAAUGCUGAUGGGGGGCGAGCUGUUCAACGCCCCCAUCAAGAACCCUCAGAAAGUGCUCGACCUGGGCACGGGGACUGGCAACUGGGCCAUCGAUUUCGCCGACCAGUACCCCGGUGCCGUCGUAGUGGGCAAUGACCUCAGCCCUAUUCAACCCGCCUGGGUUCCCCCGAACGUGGACUUCUUCGUCGACGACUACGAGUCCGACUGGCUCGAGAAGAUGAAUGCCUACGACUUCAUCCACUCCCGCAACCUAGCCGGCUGCGUCGUCGACUGGCACCGCCUCAUCCGACAAGCCUACGACCACCUCAAGCCGGGCGGGUACCUCGAACUUCAAGAGAGCGCCGUCUGGGCGUGGAGCGACGACGGCACGCUGAAGAUGGACUCGCCCUUGAUGGAGUACCUGAUGUCGCUGAACGACGCGGCGCACAUGAUCGGCCGGGAGCUGAACAUCUACAUCGACCUGAAGCCGUGGCUGAUCGCGCACGGGUUCGAGGAUGUCCAUGAGCAGACCUACAUCCUACCUUUCUCGCCGUGGCCGCAGGAUGCCCGGCUACGGGAGAUUGGGCGCGUGCAGGCCGCCAUGGUCGAGAAGGCCGUCGAGGCGUAUGGACUGCGACUGUGUACGCAGGUGCUGGGCUGGAGUCAGGAACAGACAAAGCUGAUGCAGAAUUUGGUGCGGCAGCAGCUGAAGGAUCGGUCGUUGCAUUCGUAUACCAAGAUUAAGGUUGCGUAUGGCAGGAAACCUUUGAUGUAG